UCAUUCAUUUUUGACGUUUUUUGGCGGCCAUUAGUCAUUUUCCGGCGGUCGUUUACCUUUUUUGUCUGUCAGUCUGUCUGGUCUUUUUAGAUUUUUAAUUAAAGACGCCUAAUUACGUAAUUAUUUUAUUUGAAAGCAGUUUUAAACUUCAAUUGUUUUGACGUAUCCAGCUUGAACUUGACAUUAUUUCCGGAUUGCCGGUGAAUCGGAUCCCAUCGUCCAAGACGCGCUCGCCAUACUAAGCUGUACACUUACUCAGCGGAAUUGAUGUCGAAGUCGAAUUUGAUAUUAACGUGAAACGCGGGAGUAAUCAUUCGCAAGUACCUUACUCAGUUUGCAGCGAUCCUCGAGUUGGAUUUCGAGGACGAAUGAUGAAAGUUUUUACGGAGAUCGACUGAGAUAGAAUUUCUCUAUUCACCUACGAUGUUCGUUGAAUUGUUCGCUUGGUAAUUUGAUUGAAGGAUCGAUCAUUCGUUGGAAAUUCUACUCAUAAUAUGCACCUAGCGUUAUGUGAAUUACGGUGUGGUGUACAGCAAUCAAUAAUAUUAGUGUGCAUCAUGAAAACUGCGAAUAAAAUGGCUACCUCGUCAACUAGUGUUGAUAUCGAUAUCAAAGUGGCUGAAAUUUACACCUUAUUGGUAACUAAUACGUUGGAUCGAUUCGAUGACAAAUUAACUAUGUACGACGUUCAUAAAGCUGAAAUCAAUAAUUGCAAGAAAAUCCCGGUAGUUAUCACGUACUACUCGCCUGAAAAUUCAAAUGUGAUUCGAGCGGUUUCUCUGCAGUAUCCCGUAAUGUUUAUAUUUCGUAUACAAAAUACGAACGCAUUCGAAACGUUUUCGCUGGAUAAGCUUCGUACUUUGAAAACCGCAUAUAGUUACAUGAAUCUGGUUAGAAAAUUACCAGUCGUGACUGAAUUUUCUCUGAUGGAAAUUAUGGCGGAGCUACACAAUCAACCGUUGGGUCAAUUGUGGAAGAAAAGUGCGACAGAGUUGCAAUCGUUACGUGCGUUGCACGAAUCUCUGGUUCGAGAGAAGGCCAACGGCGGAAUUAGCCAAAAUUAUGUUAAUAUGGAGCGAGAGUUGCAGGAAACGCUAGCCAAUAUUCACGAUGUCGAUUGGGUUUCGGAAAUUCCCAAGUUGAAACAAAAAUUCAUCUGGCAAGGUGAAAUAAUGCACCACGAGUACGUGAUUAAAGUGUUGAAAAAUGCGAUGGAUUCGAUACCUGAUGCUUCGGUGAAAGUUGACCAUGCUGUUGAUCACCUAACAUCAAUGCAAACGAAAUAUGAAAACUCCUUGACCGAUUUUUUUGCUAAAUUUGAAGGAACAGCUCGCAAAAGGGUUCUCGUAAAACCAUCAGUAUCGAAAGACCUCGACGUAUCGAAAGAUAUCGACGAUAUAUGGUUCGAUUUUUUGGCUAAAUUUGAAGGAACAGCUCGUAAAAGGGUUCUCGUAAAACCAUCAGUUUCAAAAGUCCUCGACGAUAUAUCGUCCAGUAAAUUACAAUUGAAAUAUGCAGAAGCGAUAUCGAAACCGUAUCCCUGGGGUGAUUUUUCAUCCACUGAUAUAAUAAGUCCGCCAAUAUUUAGUAAAGAUGGUACUCCUCAAGAACGAUACGAUUUAUUGGUAGGACGAUUCGGAACCUCGAAGAUGCGAGAAAUCAAGUACGAAAAUAAGACAUAUCGAGUAGCAAUCGAUAGUCGACUAAAUGUGUGGAAUUGUCGUACCGAUCGGAAGCCUGAGCAGUUGAUGAAUCCUUACGAUAAAACAUCUUUACGUAAUUACAUUCGAAAUCCUACGACAGUGAAACCUCCACCUUCGUUAUCUACCGGAGCUUUUUUGAUUCCGUUCAAGUAUGGGCUAUUGAUGAGUUACGUCUGUCGCAGACCCUUAUGCGGAAAAGUAUGGAGAGGCCGUUCGAAACGAGAUGAACAUGAGAAAAUAAUCGAAGAAGUAGUUCGAAAUGAACCUACGAGUAAACAGAAUCAUUAUUCACACGCUAGCGUACUACAUGAUAGGAAAGUAUUGGAAUUGGGCGUCGUCUUGCCUCCGCGUGCCGAUACUGAUCACGCACCUGGAUUUUAUGAUUUUGAUAAUAUCACCGAUGAAGCGAACAUAGACUCUGAAGAUGAGAGUAAUGAUAACCCAUCGAAAAAACUAAAAAUUCGUUGAAUUUUUCUCUGGAAUUCGCAGUUUUGUUGUUCGUGCUUUUUCCCCCUCGUUUGUCACACGUUUUGUUAUUUUUUCGAAGUGAAGUUUCGUAUUAUUUUGACGAUUUUGGAUCGGUUUUGUUUUUUUUUCCUUUACUUUUUAUUGUAUUUCUCGACAUUUGUAAGCCAUCGUAACAGUAUUGUGUCCGAUUCUACUCGAUUUUUCAUCGCAAAUUUUGGAUAUUUUUUUACUGUAUUAACUGAUUUUAACGAUGUCGAUUUUGAAAUGUAUUUUACUUACUGCCAGUUGAUACUGUCGUCAAGUUGUGAGAAGUUUCACCGAUUUGUAUUCUAAUUUCGCAGGUCGAGGUUUUUUAUUUGCUUCUAAGAAGUUUUCAAUUUUGUUUUUGUUCAUUUUUAACUAGUUUUAAUAUGUUUCAUUUCAUUUUUACCGAAGUUGAUCAAGUAAAUGAUUUUUUAAUUUUUGUUUA